UGGUUGGAUGACUCUUGUCUCCGCCUCCUCUCUUCCAGCUCCAGUUUGCCCUGCCUGACCUGCCUGGUGACUCUGGCUCCGCCCGCUUCCCCUGCUACCUGCCCUCACCUGAGAGGAGACACUUUUCCUCCCGUGAAUCGGCACGACGCUCGGCCUCAGCCGUUUCCUCAGUCUGCCGGAGCCCCCCUCCCCGUCGGGAACGCCCCAUCAUGGCCUCCAAGCUGUGGACGGAGGAGCAGUUCAACUGCCCCGUGUGUCUGGACCUGCCCAACGACCCGGUCACCAUCCCCUGCGGACACAGCUACUGCAUGGCCUGCAUCAAGGACUACUGGAGCAAGGACGACCCCAAGGGGGUCUACAGCUGCCCGCAGUGCCGGCAGACCUUCUGCCCCAAGCCGUCCCUGUCCAGGAACACCAUGCUGGCCGAGGCCGUGGAGCAGCUCCGCAAAGGCGCCCUGAAGUCCGAGGUGCGGGAGUCCCUGCGGGUGUCCUCCUCCUCCUCCUCGUCCAGGUCCCGGGCCAAGCUGUCCACCUCGGCCGUGCCCUGCGACCUGUGCAAGGGCGAGCGGCGCGCGGCGGUCAAGAGCUGCCUGUCCUGCAUGAGCUCCUUCUGCGAGGCUCACCUGAAGCCGCACCAGACCAAGAAGGCCCUGAAGCAGCACGAGCUCAUCGCGCCCACCGGCAACCUGGCCGACAAGAUCUGCACCCAGCACAAGUACCUGCAGGAGUUCUACUGCCGCCAGUGCAAGAUGUUCAUCUGCUGGAUCUGCACCAGCAACCAGCACAAAGGCCACGAGUGCUCGUCCACCAAGGCCGAGCGCUACGAGAGGCAGAAAACGCUGACUGAGAUGCAGGCCCAGAACCAGCAGAAGCUGAAGGAGAGAGAGCAGGAACUGAAGGACGUGAAGAAGAUGAUGGACGGGAUGAAGCGCUCGGCGGACGGGGUCCAUGCCGACACGGGGCGGGCGCUGGCGGAGCUGCAGCGCUCGGUGGAGCGCCUGCAGGAGCUCCUGGAGGAGGUCCUGGACCAGGCCAGCCUGGAGAAGCUGGGCCAGGCCCAGGAGGUGGUGGACGGCCUGGAGGCGGAGAUCAGGGAGCUGAAGAAGAGGGAGGUGGAGAUGAGGGACCUGGCCAGCUGUGAAGACCACAUCCACUACCUGCAGACCUGCGACUCCAUGUGCUCGCCCCUGGAGGCGGCGAGCCUCCCCGCGGUGCAGGUCAACCCCGAAGCCUCCUUCGAGCCGGUCCGAGACGCCGUGCUGAACCUGAGAGACCGAAUCGAAGACAUGUGCAACCAGGAGCUGGGAAAGAUCACCAAGCAAGUCAACGACACGACGCCGUUCACUCUGGGCGACUCCGGCCGCAGCGGGCAGAAAGGAGGCAUCUUCAAACUGUUUUCCGGUCUGGGUUCACGCAGCGCAAGCAGCCGAUCACAAGCUUCGCCCAAUAUCUCCCUCGGCGGACGCCACGCAGAGAGACGAGGACUCGGUAUCGGCCACCGAAGUCCUGAUGUGAGGAGCAGAGACACGACUCGAGACAGAGGAAACACACACUCGCCCAGACUGAGGAGCGGAAGAGAGGACCGAGAGUCGGGUAUUGUGAGGGAGACCAGGCCCAGUCCCAGAGCCAGUCCCAGCCCCACCCCGAGCCGGAGGGAGUCCCAGUGGAGCCGGUCCAGUCAGAGCCAGGCCUCCCUGGCUCCAUCCACCCCCAUCCCGGUCACCGUGACUCCUGCUUCCCCCCAUCCUGCUGCUGCUGCUCCCUCUCCGGCCCCCCCGGCUGCUCCGUCCGGAGGUUUCAGCCGGAUGGCGUCCAUCACCAGUAUCUUCCGCUCCCACAGGCGAGGCACCACCCCGGCCUCCCCCGCCGCCCCGGUCGCCCUCCCCAACAACACACCCACCGGAAACGCAUGGGGAAUGGCUGCUGUUCCAGAAACACCCACAGAAAUUAACCCCGGGCUCUUCUUGGACUCGCCCACGCCGGGAACCAUGAAUCACGCGCCGGCGUUCCCCUUACUGAGGGAGAUCAGCAUCGACAGCAUCCAGGCGCCGGAGCCGCGGGCCCGAGAGGAGUUCCUGCAGUACUCCGUGAACUUGACCCUUGACCCCAGCACGGCCCACAGGCGCCUGGUUCUGUCCGAAGGCAAUACCAAAGCCACCCUGCAGGCGGCGCAGCAGCCGCUGCCCGACGCGCCGCAGCGCUUCGACGGCUGGACGCAGGUGCUGUGCGGCGCCCCGCUGGGCGGCCCGCGCUGCUACUGGGAGGUGGACUGGCGCGGCCGCGGCUCCGUCAUGGGCGUGGCCUACGGCUCGCUGGCCCGCAAGGGCUCGGACGCCCGGUCCGGGCUCGGGUACAACGCCCAGUCGUGGACCCUGGAGCUGUCCGACUCCUGCUGCCUGGCCGUGCACGACAACGAGAAGCGGGACAUCCCGGUCACCUACUCGCCGCGGCUCGGCCUCUACCUGGACCUGUCGGCGGGAACGCUGGAGUUCUACGGCGUGGCGGGCGCCAUGACGCACCUGCACACGUUCCGCGCCAACUUCACGCAGCCGCUGUACGCCGCCUUCGGGGUGGGCAGCGGCGUGGGCGUGGGGCUGGACUUCGCUCUGGGGCAGUUCACCUCCAGCACCGACAGCAUCAAGCUCUGCCCCAUGUGAGGGCAGGAGAGCCCGCCAUUUCCCUCUUCAUGAAAGCACUUAGCAGAAGUUCACGUUUUGGCGCGUCAACGUGGCGACUGAGCGGCAUUGAGUCUAAUCAGAAGUGUAUGAAAUCUGUUUGUCCUUUUUAUUGUGUUAAAUUAAAAUAAAAUUGCUUUUAAGAGUG